ACCUCCAAAACAAUCUUAUGUUGACUUUUUAAAUAUGUUUGAAACAGUUUUGUCUAAAAUAAGAUCGGACACUGAAUGUUUUUUCUUGGGUGAUCUAAAUAUUGAUUGGUUGGACAAAACUUCUUCUGUAUUUAUGAAAUAUGAAUGUGUUCUUAAAAUCUUUAAUUUAACACAGAUUAUAAAAGAACCUACUAGAAUUACAUUAAAUACAAAAACGUUAAUAGAUCAUAUAUUAUGUAGUCAUUCUGAUAAGGUUUUUCAGUCAGGUACUUUACCUAUUGGUCUUAGCGACCACCUGCCUGUAUAUUGUACAAGAAAAUUACAAAAAGGCACUUUUAAUAAACACAAAAAUAUUAUUAUUAGAUCAAUGAAAAACUACUCUGCUGAAAUUUUUAUACAUAAUCUUAAACUUUGUGACUGGUCGAGUAUGUUUACGGCCAAAUCUGUCGAUGAGUCUUGGCUACUUUUUAAAGAUAUGUUUUUAUCAGUUUUAAAUGUAGUGGCUCCUGUAAAAGAAGUAAGACUUAAACAAAGGAGUGAACCUUGGUUAGACUCUAACAUAUUAGAAUUAAUUAAUAUGAGAGAUUAUUUUUUACAAGAAUUUAGAAAACAUAAUCAGAAAGAUAUGUAUAAUAAAUACUGUCUUUAUAGAAAUUUAAUACAGAGACAUAUAAAAAAAGCUAAGUCUGGAUACAUCUCACAUCAAUUACAAGAAAAUAAAUAUAAUCCAAAGAAAUUGUGGUCUCAAUUAAAAGACCUUGGUUACAGUAAAAAAACCAAAUCUUCACCAAAUAUUGUACUUAACAUAGAUGAUGAAAAUUGUUUUGAACCAACAAAAAUUGCUUGUCAUUUUAAUCAGUUUUUUACUACUGUUGCUUCUGUUUUGGUGGAUAAAUUGCCAAAUCCAUUUAACCUUUUUUCUGUAGAAUCAGACAUCUUUAAAGAAUUCUAUAAGAACAGAAAUCCAGAUGGAAAUAAAUUUCAAUUACAUACUGUUAGUGAAGAAUAUAUAUAUAAAGAGCUUUGUAAAUUAAAUUGUUCUAAAAGCACAGGAUUAGAUGAAAUUCCAGCAAAAUUUCUUAAAGAUGCUGCACCAUUUUUAAAGAUACAUAUUACCUUUUUAGUGAAUAAUUCUAUUACAUCUAAAUCAGUUCCAAAUGAACUGAAAUGUGCUAAAGUCAAACCAUUAUUCAAAAAGAAUAACAGAUCUGAUGUUUCCAACUAUAGACCUGUCAGUAUUUUAUCUAUUGUUUCAAAAAUCUUAGAAAGAACUGUAUAUAAUCAGUUAGAAAUUUUUUUAGUUAAGCAGGGACUAUUAUAUGAAUUACAAAGUGGUUUUAGAUGUAAUUAUUCUACUGACUCCUGCCUAAUCCAUCUCACUGACCAUGUAAAAAGUCAAACUUCCAAAGGACUGCUCACCGGUAUGAUUAUGUUAGAUUUACAAAAGGCGUUUGACACUGUGACCAUGACAUCUUGUGUAGAAAGUUACAAAAAAUGGGUGUGGAGUCAGUAG